ACAAAACGUACAAUUUCCUAACCACCGAUAGUGUCCGGUUUAUAACACUACAAUAAUAAAACAAAGUCUUUUGUAUGAUGAAUGAACAAUAUCUGAUGGCUGUUAAUAACUAUGGAAAGAUUUUCACCCUAUCCACGUUUAAUAGCCAAUGGAAACAGUUUCCUCAUGUCGGUAAUGUGGAUAUCAAACAUAUUUCCGCAGUAGAAAAUUACGUUUGGUCUAUCGGAGGAGACAAUCAAACGUAUCUUUUGGUCCAUGACUUAGACGAAGUGAUUAGGAUAAAAGAAGAAGUAUAUGAAAACGAGGUAAGCUAGUUCACUAUGUUGUACAUAGUCGUUAUAUAUAUAUUAGACUUAGACAUUUCAUUUUAUUUUUAUUAAUUAUUAUAAAAGUAAUUUAAUAUGAGCAGGUACCAGUCUUGUAAAGAUCACUUUUAUUUUUUAUUUGGAAUACGUAUAAAAAUAAAUUAAUAAAAAAUGUAUUUAGAUGUUAAGACUACGUACUCAAUUAAGGAAUAAAAAUAAUAUUCUGAAUAAAUAUACUAAAAAUGUAUUUGAAUUUUUUUUUUUUUUUUUUAAUAUUCAAUUCGUAGAUUGGUCUACGUGUUGUAUUGUAUUUGAAUACUAUUCGUAUUUUUUUAAAAAAUAUUUAUAGUUAUUUGAUAUCAAUAACUUAUAACUUGUAUUAUGUAUUUAUUAAAUGAAUUAUAUGUAAUAUAUACAUGUAAUAUAAUUAUACAUGUAAAUGUAAGUAUAUAACUGAACUUACGGCUAAUAGCUCUUUUCCAUUAGCUUUCUUUCUAUCACAUAGGUACUGUGCAAUACUAGUAAACAAUAAACAAAGUAAAUAACUUUUCUCCAUACAAAAUAUUUAAGCAAAUAAAUAAUGGUUCUAUCAAAACUACCCGACUAUUAUUCCAUCCAUUUAAUAAUCCAUCAUUUUUAGUUAAUCAUAGAUAUAUUGUUUAUAUUUAUUCAACAUAUAACUUUAGAAGCCUGUAAAUUGUGAAUUAAAACAUAAUUUUCUCGGUAGUUUUCCUAAUAAAUGAGAAAAAGUGGGAAAAAACGUAAGAAAAACUUAUUUGUUCAAUUUUAUUAUUUAUUGUAAUUCAGUAAAAAAUAUUCGUAGAGACUUGAUAUUUGGACAGAAAUUUUAUAUUUGUAUUUUCUAGACGCGGUAAAAUUUUUUAAAAAAUUGUAAUUUUACGAAUUUUGUACGUAAUUUUUAUUUGCUAGGUAUUAUGUGGUAAAUUUGUUAGACUUAACAGGAAUGCAAACUUUUAUACCAAAAAUCUUGCUCCGAUUUAUCAAGUGUAAUAUAUUUUCUGAAAUGAAAUUUAUCUACAUGAUACUUUAAGGAGGUCAUUUUUUGAUUUUUCAAGUGGUUUUCAUAAUAUCUGCGAAAAACCAGGAUAAAAUGUCGGAAAAAUGUACAAAAUGUAGGUAUUAGUUGAAAAAUAUUACGGCCUUCUUUUUUUUCUUUGUACGACUUUUCCACCAGCAAUUUUGCUCAAAUUUAAAAUAAUAACACUUUUUCUGAAAAGAAAUCUUACUGGGAAGGUACUUUAAGGAGAUCAUUUUUAGAUUUUCUCAAGUUUUCCCAGCAAAUGUGAAAGAUAGGGAAGAAAAUGGAAAAAUCGCUACAAUAUUAAACAAAUAUCAUUAAAGAAAAUAUAUUGUUGUCAAAGCAUCACUAUUAACUGAACCGCAAACAGAAUCGUUUUUUCGUUAGCAAUUAUUUAUCGUUGCUUACAUAUAUACAUUAAAUUCUCUUUUAUAUACUACCUUCCCAACUUCCCACUUACAGUAGUAGCUGCACCCGCGUUCGAAGUAUGUUUGUCUUUUUUUUGUACUAUUAUCAAAAAUGUAAUUUUACGUUUAGUGAUGUAAUUAUUUUUUUUUAUAUUCUAAUGUAAGUACUAGCUACAAGGUAUAUACUUUAUUGUAAAAAUAUAUCAAUUUUUUUUUUUUUUUGAAAUAAUUAUAUAUUCGUUGAAAAAUAUAAAAAUGUUGUGAAACACAAGUACUAUCCAAUAUGAGUUUUUCCAGCAAAUGUGAAAGAUAGGGAAAAAAAUGGAAAAACGGUACAAUAUUAAACAUAUAUAUAUUUAAAAAAAGAAAUAUAAUGCCUAUUUAAUUAUUUUAUCAUAAUAUGACAUGUAUAUAUACAUAUUGUUGACAAAACAUCACUAUCAACUGAACUGCGCUCAGAAUCAUUUUUCAGUUAGCAAUGUUUUAUUGUUGCUUACAGGUGUACAUUAAAUUACUUUUAGUGGCUGCACUCGACCCCAUUAUCCUAUGACGUCUUUUUUAUAUUAUAAUAUAUAUAAAUAUAUUGCUUUUUUUUCCUUAACUCGUAGUUAACCUAUCUAUGUUUUAUUAUACCUUAUAAUGUAUAAUAUGUAGAAUAUCAAGAAAAAUAUUCAUAAAAAAAAAAAAAAUACUCCCUUUUAAAAAUCUCCCGAAUUUCGUUACAAGAAAAAAUAUGAUAUUAUUAGAAUGUUCAUAAAAUAUAAUCAUUCAAUAUUAUAUAUAUAUAUAUAUUAUACUAACAAAUGAAAUAUCUUAAUGCAUUUUUUGUUAAUCUAGAGGUGGAUGCCAGUUGGAAGUUUUUCUAAAAGACUUUUACCUACAGAUAGGUAUCAUUGGUCAUCAGAAAAUGGCAAAGAAGAAAAGUUAAAAGUUAAUAUUAAGUUGCCAUCUUUUGUCUGGCAAUGGGAACACGAAUGGAAGUUGGACACUAAAUUGGAAGAAAAAGAUUUAGAUGAUGAUGCAAGUGUUGCAUAUACCAGGUGAACUAUUUAGGUGGAUACACUCAUUUGUUUUCUAGAACAUUUAAAAAAUAAGCUGCUCUACAAUUUUAUAUUUAUAUAAUUUUUUUCACUCUUGCGGUUAAAACAGCUACCUACUUUUGAUUCUCAAAUAGCAACCUAUAUUAAAAAGAACAUUAAUAGAUGAAGUAUUAGUUAAAAUAAAUUUUAGUGUUGACAUUUUUGAUUUUCGUCAAUCCGUUGACGAAAUAUUCCACUUUUAAGUAUGUGUUGGAGGAAAGUAGUGGAGUACCAUUUGUGUGGCGGUACGGCGCGAGACAUAUUAAUAAUGCACCACUAUUCUCCACCAAUUGAUAAUUAAAAGUGGAAUAUCUCGUAAACGACUAUACAGAAAAAAAAAAUACCAACGCUAAAAUUUAUUUUAAUUAAUUCUCCUGCUAUUUAUGGUUUUUUUAAAUAUAAGUUGCCAUUUGAAAAUCAAAAGUCAGUAGUAAUAUUACUCACAAAAAUAACAUAAAUAUAAAAUUGUAGAGCUGCUUGUUUCUUGAAUGUUCUAGAAAACAAAUUCUGAAAAAAAAUUAAUACUUUCCGAGAUAAUGAGUGCACCCACCUUAAUGGAUCACCCGGUAAUAUACAUAGCUAUAUAAUAUUAUGUUUAAAUACAAAUUUGAAAAAUAUUUUUGGUUAUAUUUUAGGGGUGGACGUAUGCAAUUGAUUUCUGUGCAAAGUUCUAUCCAACUAAGCGAUGGAAUUCAUGUGUUCGGAGAAGAAAAUGGUAUAGAAACCGCAUAUAUACAGGCACAAAUUCAUGGUGUAUAAUUUCUCCUCUUCAUAAAGAUUUUACUCAGGUUUUAGAGUUGGUAAUUUUUCUAAUUGGUUCAUUGUAAAUGCUAGUGUAUAUUUUAUAAUUUUAGGAACCAUUUAUUUGUGUAAGCAUUGGAGGACAAAAAAUGCCAGGCACACAAUUUGGUUUUAUGAUGGUAUGGGCUAUCACGACACAAGGAAGGGUAAGUACAUAAUAUAUAUUUUUAAUGUAUGCUAUAUUGUUUGAUACCAAUGGAGGGUAAACCAACGUUUGUUCUAAAAGAUUUUGCAUUACAGAUUUUUUAUCGGAAAAACGUAAAUAAAAUGUGGCCUGAAGGGGGAUUGUGGGUAUGUGUUCCUACAAAAGAUGGCAGUGAAUCUAGAUAUAUUGAUUGUGGUCCAACAGGAUCUGUUUGGGUAGUCUUAUGGAAUGGUAUUGUACAAGUCAGAAAAGAAGUAUGUGCUGAAAUACCACAAGGUGACUGCUAAAAAUGUGUACUUCUUUUAUUUUUUCAAUUACAAAUAUAUCUUAAACAUUUUAAAGGUAAAGAAUGGAUUACUAUUGAAUCUCCAGAAUCAGAUACGAAAAUAACACAAUUAUCAGUUGGCUUUCAGUCAGUGUGGGCUAUUACUAAUGACUCUAGAGUAUGGUAUAGAAAAGGAAUUGAUCAAAAUCAUAAUGAAGGGACUUGUUGGGUUAAAUUAAAUUCUUUUAUGUUUUCUGUAUCUGUUGCCCCAAAUGAUCAAGUAAAUUAUACCAUAUCACAGGUGAUUGGUUUAAUAACUCUAAAAUAAAUGAGAUUUUGUUUGUUAUUAGGUAUUUUCAGUGGGAUUGGAUAGACAUUUAUAUUUUAGAAGUGAAAUAUCUGAAGAUGAACCAACUGGAAAAAAAUGGGUUCAUAUAUUAGCUUCUGUCGAAAUUGAACAACCUAUAGAACAAAAGGUAUUUUUUAAUACACUGUUUUAAAAAAUAUAUCAGUAAUGUAAAUCAAAUUAUAUUUAUACUAUAUACCAUAGAAGUAUUAUUCAAUUAAAUUUGAAACUUUAACUCAUUAACUCAGAAUCAAAGUACUAACUGAACCAAACUGUGAAUUUUACUGAGAUUGUCAAGCAUAAAAUAAAAUAAUUAUAACAAUUUAUUAUAAUAUAUUUUAAAUAAUUAUUGUUAACAUAUAUCUGUAAGCAACGAUUAACAAUUGCUAUAAAAAACUCAAGAAAAUACGCAUAAUAUUAAACUAAGAUUAUUAAAGAACAUUUUUAAUGUAUAUGUAAUUAUUUUACCAAAUUAUGACAUAUAUACUGUUGAUAAAGCAACACUACCUACCGAACUCCGCUCAGAAUCAUUUUUUUGUUAGCAAUGGUUAAUCAUUGCUUACAGAUAUAUAUUAAAUUCCUGUCUAUACUACCUUCCCAACUUCCAACCUACAACAGUGACUGAUCCGUCCGCAUUAUCCUAAUACAGCUCUUUUCCCUAUUUAUGUCCAUAAAGGAAAUACAAAAUUGACUUUCCCAAUGCCCUAAUUAGAUUAAAAUAAUUAUCAAAAUCCUCCUUUGAAAAACUGAAAUUUAUUGAAGUUUGGGAUAACAGAGUUAAGAUUAAAUUAAAUUCAAGUUUUGAGUCAUAGCUAAAAUUGAUAUAAUUUGUUUCAUUUUUAUUGGAGAAAAACAUUGAAGGGAUAGAAUCAUGGGCAACAUCAUCAUCAUUUACUGAACCUUCGCAUUCUGCUCCAACACGUCUCACAGGAAAUGUUUCAAAAAAUAAUUUAAAUUUAAAGUAUAUUUUAAUGUAUAUUAUGUUAUAAAAACAUUCAUUUAUUUUAGUAAUUAAUUUUUAGUGCUAAAGAAAUCAAUCCUUCUCAACGGAGAGUAUCUGCUUGGAGUCCUAAGCAUAGCAUUGGAUCAUUACUCGGUAUGGAGGCUAAACCUGAUUCAUUUAUUGAAGUUCAGAAUAAUAUCACUACUCAAAAACCAAAAACUACAUUUUGGAGUUCUAUAGUGGCAGGUUCUAUUGAACAAGACGUGUGUUUAUUAUCUCAAUGGUAAUAAAUAUAUAUGUACAUAUGGUUAAUAUUAAUUUGAAAUCCAAAAUGCGAAUUAUAAAAUAAUUUUAUAAUAUUCAAGUAUGAGAUUUUAAUUGCAUUUUAAUCUUAUUUAACAUUAUAUUUGUUUAGGUUUAACUCUCCUAAAGACGGGGAAAAUAGUUUUAAAAGUAAAUGGAGACGAGAAAUAUUGGAUAAAUUAAUUAAAUUAAGAUUACAAGAAAAAGAAUUUCAGAAUAUCACCUCUUUUGCUUUAUAAUAGUCUUGUUUGUAUAAAUUAAUUUUAAUUAAAAUUAACUAAAUACAUUUUUCUAUCAAUACUUUUUUUGUUUAUAUAAUAUAAAAAUUAACAUUUAUGGAAACAAGGCUGUACUGGAAAUAAAUAAUAUGUACUUAGAAAGUAUUAACUGUUUCAAAAAAAUAAGCCACAAUUGUACCAAUGAAAAAAUUUAGUAAUAACCAGUAAAAUGUACAAUGUUAUUUUUGAUGGUCUAACAGUAAAAGUUAAGUAUGCAUGAAGUCUUCAGUACGUUGUAUAUAAAUUAAAAACAAUAUAUACAU